AUGAAAACUUCCAUAACAGUAUAAAUGUAGAUAAAAAAUACCCAUCAAUCGUGCGCAAAAUAGUUUUCAUUAUUAAAGAUGACUAGGAUUAAGGUUUGGUUUGCGUUAGGUAUCGUCACCGCUCUUAUAUCUACAACAUUAUCACAAGGCCGAGGCGGGUUUGGGCGACCAGGUGGCUUCGGAGGCCCGGGUGGAUUUGGCGGUGGACCAGGACGCCCAGGUGGCUUUGGAAGCCCACGCGGCUUUGGAGGUCCAGGCGGCUUUGGAGGCCCGGGCGGCUUUGGCGGUCACGGUGGCUUUGGUAGACCGGGUGGCUUUGGCGGUGGACCCGGAGGGUUUGGCGGUGGACCAGGUGGCUUUGUCGGUAGACCGGGUGGCUUUGGCGGUGGACCGAGUGGCUUUGGCAGUGGACCUGGUGGUUUUGGCGGCGGACCUGGUGGCUUUGGCGGUGGACCAGGUGGCUUCGGUGGCGGCCCAGGCGGCUUUGGUGGAUUUGGACGCAGAUAGUCAAAAGUUAAAGUGCAAUUAUAUAGUGACGUUAUUAUACCUCCUAAGAUUCUAAUUGUUAAAAAGCAAAAAUAAAUAUUUUAUCAUUAUUUUAUAUUUUCUAACUGUAGUAAGAUUAACUACAAUCUAGACUAAUAUUGUGUGUACCUGUUAUUGGUGUAUAUCAGCCACAAUACCUUGUAGCUUUGUUUGUGUAUAAUUGUAUGUAUCAAUAUGUAUGCUGCUGGUAUACCAUUAAAUAAAAAAAUAAAAUAUUAUAAUAAGAAAAUCUUUGUAGGAGCUAAUCUAUAGAACUACUCUACGGAUUUCGAAAAUUCUGUCACUAAUAGGAUAGUGAGCUACAUUACUCCUGAUUGCUAUAGGCUUUUUAUUCUGGAAAAUAUUUAUCCUGGAAUUAUUUUUCAAGCGGGUAAAGCCGCAAGCAUAAACUAUAUUUGACACAUAGCUAUGUGUGCAUAUUUACGUAAACUACUAUGUUCUUAAUUUUUAAAUAUUUCAUAACAUAUAAUUACUGCGUAACUAGUCAGAAGAAUUGACAAGUAGAUCUCUCCGCAAAAUGUACACAUUAGUUGGUAAUUAAAUAUAAUCCGGUCAUAAUUAUAAUAAAUUACUUUCCUAAACUCUUUCAUUAUGUGUAGUCCAGUCAAAUUAACAUUUAAGUUAGGAAAAAUUCGCAUAGAGCUGAAAAUUAGUAUAGACGUUAAAUAUGUCAUUACCAAUAAAAUGUCAAAAGUCCCCAUCGAUCCUAUGUGUGCAAAAAAUUUUAUUCAAGGUCAAAGGUCAAAAAUCCAUUUGAACCUAUUGCAAUAUGUGAAAAUACGGUCUACUUUUAGGCAAUAUGAUAUAAAACUCUAUAUUACAGAACGAGGUUUAACUAAAAACUUUGGUUUAAACCUAUACAAAGUACGGUUUAUAUAAAAAUGGUAUUACAAAAAGUGGUUUAACGAUAAACCAUGGACUAUUUGAUGGUCUAAUGCUAAACCUCGGCGCCCCUGGUUUGAUGAUGGUCUAAAUCGUAAAUGUCAAAUCAAAUUUCAAAUCAUUUGUCAGAUUGUGUCAGAUUAUCUCUUAAAUUAGCGUCUGUUUCGUUGUCUUGUGUUAUUUUUUACACGAAAAUGGAUAUUAACAUGGUAGAUUCAGUCGAUAUUGAGGACAUUGAAGCCGUUGAGCUACUGGAAACGCCACGCCGACCAAAUAGAAAUCGUGUUCGAGUCAAUCCCUUCAUUGAUUUAUCUGAUGAAGAUUUCAGGCAAAAGUAUAGAUUUACUAAAUCUUUUGCAAUGAAAAUAGUAGAUUUAUUAAAGGACCCAUUAACUCGAGACACCCGUGGAUGCCCGGUGUCUCCCGAAAUCCAAGUGGUUUGCGCAUUGCGAAGCUGGGCUCGACAUGAGAUCCAAGAUGAUACAGCCGAUUUGCAUGGAGUCUCACAGCCCUUUAUAAGUAAAAUAUGCAAAAAAUUAGCAGGAGCCAUAGCCGGAAUAUCGCAUAGAUUUAUAAAAAUGCCUGCUACAUUGGCAGAACAAGAGGAAGCAAUGCGAAAAUUCCAUAGAAUUGCAAAUUUUCCUUCAGUAAUUGGUGCAAUUGACUGUACUCACAUAAGGGUAAAAAAAUUAUGUGAAGAUGGUGGUCAAAUAUAUAUCAAUCGCAAAGGAUUUCCAUCUAUUAAUGUCCAGGUAGUCUGCGAUGCAAAUUUAAAAAUAAUAGAUAUUGUUGCUAGGUGGCAUGGCAGUGUCCAUGACUCUCGAAUUUUUAGAGAAAGUCGACUAAAGCAGAGAUUUGAGGCUGGUGCCUUUUCAGGCAUUUUGCUUGGAGACAGUGGGUAUGCAUGUACACCGUAUUUGUUUACUCUCUUACUGAAUACCUCAACACCACAAGAAGAACGGUACAAUAGUGCUCAAAUUAACACCAGAAAUGCAGUGGAGAGAUGUUUUGGGUUGUGGAAGCAGAGGUUCCGUUGUUUAUUAAGAGGCCUUUACUGUGACAUUGAAACUGCAAGAAAAACUAUUGUAGCAUGUGCUGUAUUGCACAAUAUCGCAAUUGAUAUGAAGGAAGAUGUGUUUUCUAGUGGUCUCGAAGACGAAGUUAACAGGCAAUCUCACGCAGUUGUUUUGGCCGCAGAAAACAAUGUUCGCGGAAAUAUUAGAAGAAGGCAAUUUAUUGAAAGACACUUUUAAUUAAAAUAAUAUAUUUUUGUAAUAAGCUUGAAAUUAU